CAACCCGGGAGGCAUAACACGUCGUGAUAUGUUGCUCUGAGUAAAGUUACCUGGCCGACGAGGGACUGAGUAGGUGUGUGCUAGCGGUUUGCUACGGCUUUUUUAUGUCAUGUGAGUUGUUUUUUUGGCGUGUAAAUGUGAUGUUUCGGUUUAAUUUAAGUGGAUAAUUUGGGAUUUGUAGCAAGUAUCCAGAGCAGGAGGAGGAUGAGAUGCUGCCACGCAGUCAGGGCUCCACUAUGGUGAAAGUUUUUUACUCGGUUUAAGCUUUUUAGCUGUGGCUAGACUUUAAAACUGCAUCUCCAAAUGAAGGUGAGUAAGUAUUUAAGAGGGAGCGGGAGGUUCCUGGCGUUUGUCUUUGUCGCCUCAGUACUUUGGCUCUUGUUUGACAUGGCAGCUCUCAGGCUGUCCAUUACAGACGUCAAUGGACAACUCAUGAAAGAGCUAGUCCUGAAAGAGAGAGAGUUAGCCAAAAGACCAAACUCAAAGCCCACUAACUUCAGGCAUUACCCUGUCCAAAAGGUGAAGCCGGAUAUCGAGACGUCUCGAGGCUCAGAAACGCUAGAGAGACAAGUUGUUGAGGUUUACAGGAGGAAAAAACCUGACAGGAUUAAUGGCGAAAAGAAAGUAGCACCUAAGUCUGAUGCUAACAUUGUAACCGUGACCGGAAGUGACUCCAAAGUGCACGUGGAUAUAAAAUCAUUUGGACAAAAUGGCAUUUUGGAGAAACAAAACGCUCCAAGUAACAAAGUAUCUCCAAGAAUGGGAGCAAACGUGAAGAAAGGAGUCCUGACAAAAACCAAGGCGCCAUCUGCUGGCCAGGAAGGAAAACAAGCGCCAUCAAAUAACACCAAAGAGCACCAAAUACCACCAAGAAUACCACCACAGGACUUUAAAAUACCUCAGGAUGUUGUUUUGUCUAACAAAUCCAAUAGCACAUUGAGAAAGAUCAAACCGGAUGCAUCCAACAAUGCUCCCACAACGCAAUCCCCCAAACAGGAACGCUCCGUUCAGAUGGUUCAGAUGGUUGAUAAGAGAAAAUCCGUUAACAAGACUGACUCGCUGCCUGUUAAAACCUUAGUACAAGUCACAGCAAAACCACCACAACUCCUUCUGAAUGCUUCAAACAUCCAAACUGCAGAGCUCCUAGACUCUACAGGUGUGAGGAAGCAAGGUGGGCUCCAUGUGGUCAUGAACCUGGAUGUGACUCAUAAACCCAGGGACUCGCGCGCGCUGGGGCAGUUCGGCUGGGCGGCGGAGGUGCCUCUGGAUGAUCUGGAGGAGAGCAGGCGUAGAUGGAGUGAGGGCUAUUUCAACGUGUUCCUCAGCGAGCAGAUUCCAGUGGACAGAGCCAUUCCAGACACGCGACCUCCAGCAUGCUUGCAGAAGCUAGUUCACGAUGACCUGCCUACGACGAGUGUGAUCUUCUGCUUUGUGGACGAGGUCUGGUCCACUCUGCUGCGCUCCGUCCACAGCGUGCUGAACAGAUCUCCACCUCACCUGCUCAAAGAGAUCCUACUGGUGGAUGACUGCAGUACGAAAGACUACCUGAAGGACAAGCUGGAUGCCUACAUGUCUCAGUUCCCCAAAGUCCGGAUCAUCCGCCUCAAAGAGAGGCACGGGCUGAUCAGGGCGAGGCUGGCCGGGGCUGCUGAGGCAAAGGGUGAUGUCCUGACGUUCCUGGACUCCCAUAUCGAGUGUAACGUGGGCUGGUUGGAGCCGCUGCUGGACCGAGUGUACCUAGACCGCAAGAAAGUCGCCUGCCCUGUUAUAGAGGUCAUCAGCGACAAGGAUAUGAGUUACGUGAUGGUGGACAAUUUCCAAAGGGGCAUCUUCAAAUGGCCUUUAGUGUUUGGUUGGAGCACACUAUCAGAUGACUUCAUCAGGAAGAACCACAUCAAAGUCUCAGAUCCCAUCAGGUGCCCGGUGAUGGCAGGGGGGUUGUUCUCUAUAGAUCGGAAGUAUUUUUAUGAGCUGGGAGGGUAUGAUCCAGGCCUGGAUGUGUGGGGAGGGGAGAAUAUGGAGAUCUCUUUCAAGAUCUGGAUGUGUGGUGGUGAGAUUGAGAUCAUCCCGUGCUCUCGUGUGGGUCAUAUUUUCCGUGGUGAGAACCCCUACGGCUUCCCCAAAGAUCGUCAGAAGACGGUGGAGAGAAACCUGGCUCGCGUGGCUGAGGUCUGGCUGGACGAGUAUAAAGAGAUUUUUUACGGCCACGGUUAUCUGCACCUGCUGGGUAAGAAUUUGAUAGACAUCGGGAACCUCACAGCACAGGUCCAGCUGCGUGAGAAGCUCCAGUGCAAGAGCUUUAAGUGGUAUGUGGAGAACGUCUACCCCGAGCUGGAGGCUCCUCUGGCCAAAGCCGAAGGCCUUGUUUUUAACAUUGGCACUAGGAAGUGUCUGGUGCAAGAAAAAGGCUCUUUAUCUUUUGGGAUCUGUGAUCUUAGCAAACAGAGCCAGCAUUUCAGCUACAGCUGGGUGAGAACGCUCCAGCAGAACACUUCUUGCGUGUCCCCACAAGUCACAGGAAGAGGCGUGGCCUUGGAACCAUGUGACAACACUAAGCCACACCUCCGCUGGCUGCACAAGUCCAAUAAAUUUCUGUUAGAGCAUCUGAUCGCUGAGACACAUCCUCAACGUAUGUGUCUGGAGGCAGGACCUAAAGGAGACACCAUCUCCCUAAAGGAAUGUAACGCAUCCAGCACCUAUCAGAAAUGGCAUUUCACACACUACUACGCACAGUGAGCCCCGGCGACGCACAACCAGUUUUUUCAUCUCACUUUGUCAGGAUGAAGACAUUAUGUUACAUAGUGUGUAAGUGAAGUAUGGACAGAUGCAUGCAGAGAUGUUGUGUAAUUUUGGUUAAAAGGUCAGUUUUAAGGGUCAGUGUGGAAGGUUUUUUUUUUAUUAUUAUUUGUUUGUUUUGGCCCUGGAUAAUUUUGCGAGCAGCUACACCACAUGAUCAUGGAUUUGGGGGACUGUUUUGAACAUAAUGGACUUUUUGUUCUGCUUGGUUAAAACAAGCACAAGCAUUUGAAGUGCAUGGUUAAAAAAAAGGUAUAGAAAAGUACGAGUUAAUAUAACAGUUGACUGUGGUACAUUGUCAGUGAUGUAUAAACUUCAUUAUUAUGGCACAAACCUGGUACGUUACACAAGACAUGCUUUUAAUAAUAACUAUUGUUUACAGCGAUUGAACAAGGGCAGAUUUAACAUAAGCAUUAAGCAGUGUAUUAUGUUGUACACAUACCCUGUUGACACUAGAGGGAGCUGUUUACAAUGUUUCUAAAGAAUGUGGUUCUUUUUUUUUUUUUUUUUUUUCUGGUCUGCUCAACCAUUUUUUUCCCCUGGUGAUUCUGGAUGUUAAGAUCAAACUGACUUUAUUAAAAAAUUAAAUAAUUUCUUUAUCACA